UUGUUGGGAGGACCCUGGGCAAAGACGCCUACCCUGCCAUGCUGCGCCAUCUGCCCUCCAGGCUGCCAGUCAAGAUGUGGAGCAGGACUUCGGAGAAACAGUCAUGGAGGGACGGCAGUCAGACCCCUCCCCCAUGUCUUAUCCGUAGACUUGACCACAUCGUGAUGACGGUGAAGAGCAUCAAAGACACCACCAUGUUUUAUUCCAAGAUCCUGGGCAUGGAGGUCAUGACUUUUAAGGAAGACCGGAAAGCACUGUGUUUUGGAGACCAGAAAUUUAACCUCCACGAGGUGGGAAAGGAAUUUGAACCCAAAGCCGCUCACCCAGUUCCUGGCUCCCUGGACAUAUGUCUGAUCACAGAGGUGCCUUUGGAGGAAAUGAUCCAGCACCUCAAGGCUUGUGAUGUCCCUAUUGAGGAGGGGCCAGUCCCCAGAACAGGGGCAAAAGGGCCUAUUAUGUCCAUCUACUUCCGAGACCCUGACAGAAAUCUGAUUGAGGUGUCCAACUACAUCUCCUCGUGAUGGAGGCUGGACCUCCUCCAUUCUGUCCCCCUUGAUGUCGCCCUCUCCUUUCCUUCCUGCAAACCCCCACCCAGGCCCAGAGAUCUCCGAGGACUGAGGACUUAGGCACUUCACACAUCCUGCUGAGAGGGGACCCAAGACAGAUUUGGAACCAAACCUACACGUCUGUAUGUCAUCAAAGCUGGCCUAAUAAAUGCAUAACCUCUCAAUGAA